UGCAACAGAUGAUCUGCUUUGGCUUGAAAUUUGCAAACAAACGCAAACUUAAAAAUGCUGGGGGACGACGACUUGGAUAUCUACGAGGAUCUGGAAGAUUUCCAAAAAGCCGAGGAUAAAAAAUCCGAGCAGCUGCGGGCUUGGGAGGAAAAAUACAAGAGUGCAAUUGCCGAAAUAGAAUCUUUAAAGGCGGAGAAUAAAGCACUCGGGAAAAAGAUUAAAGUCAUGGAGGUCAACCUCCAGAAUCUUCUGGACACUGCCAAGGCGGAGGUGAAGAGGAAGGAGACGCUAAUAGACCAGCUGCGAAAGGAAAAGGAUGAUGUGUGUUUUAGACGAAAGCGACCUCCAAUUGACGGAAAACCGGCAGACACGGAACACCAAAAUAAACGACCGAAACUGGCCCAACCAAAUGAGGUUUCCCGAAAGGAACCAGAAGCGCAAAAGAAUCCAUUUAGGGCGCGUUCGAAAGAAGACAAUAAAACUGAAAAGCCAAAGUCUAGAAGCAAUUCUCCCAGGCAUAGUCUUCAAAAGACCAACGAUAACAGGCCUCGUUCCCAGGCGCGACAUCCCGAGAACCGUCAAAAAUGUAGAGACCGCCGACGUAGCCGGAGUCCGAGGCCCGAAUCCCGGAGGUACCGUGGAAAAGAUGGCAGGGAAAGCCGAAGGCGCAGCCGUUCCCAAUCACCAGGUAAAAAAAUUCAGAGACAAAAAUCCCAAACUAUAACCACUCUAUUCGGCGACGAAACAAUCUGCUCAGUCCACGAGAGUCCACACUCAGAGAUGGCCAAGAAAUUACAAGCCAACAAAGAUCCCCUGACUCCUAUGGAACAUUACACACCAGAAUCUGCCAAGCCACAGCCAACGAAGCCGGCUAUUCCUAAUGAAUGCGAAGACACUGCCGCUGUCGAUGGGUACUUUGAGAAAAACAAUAAAGUUAAGACGAAGCCGCCAGAAAAAGACAUAGUUAGGCAAUGUGAAGGAUUUUUCUCCUCGGUCUCUAACUUAAAUAAUCUGCCCAUCCCCGGGCUUAAUCUAUUUCCUGACAAAAAUCCCAUUGAUCCAAUUGACAAAGCAAUUGAGUUCCAAAAAGAUGUUCAAGAGCCUGUUAAGAAGGUUGAGGAAGUCUGCGUAGUCUCUGCCAGCGAACAAAAAGAAGUUCAAGAAGAUGAGGCUAAAACAAUUCAAGUUCCAGGAAUAAAUUCCGCUGAUUUUGACCACAACGAAAAAAAGGCUGAACCUAUUGAAGAAUGUAAAGUAAAUUCAUCGAACAAUUCGGAUUUUGGCGAACAGAAGGAAAUAAUUUCUGAAACGGUUUGUGAAUCUAUUAUGCAAGAUACCAAAGUUUCUGAUAUGCUUCCUGUUGAGGAAUUGACAGUCAAUGAAACUAUUGAUGAGACUGUACCAAUGGAUAUAGAAUAUGAUAUAUACGGUGAUCUCGACAGAUCAGAUGCUCCCAGCUUUUCGAAAAACAUAGGUUCCACCAUUAUCGAGUCUGCGAUCGUUAAAGACGGAUGUGGGUCACCAAAAAAAGCUUCAGAAAAUGACGAGGGAAUCCAGAUUAUAGAAGACAUCCGAUUGCCCGAAAUAGCUGAUAUAGAAAAUAUUGCCUUUACUGUCGACAAGAAUCUACAAGACUCGGAAAACCCAAAUAUUGAUACAUGCGAUAAACCAAACGAUGAGAGUAAGGAACAAGAAAGGAAAGAGUCCAGCUCUAGUAAGGAUGAAGCUCCGAGCAAGUCCUCAAUAUUAUACGCCCAGCCGGAUUCUACAAAAGUAGACCACAAUGAUGACGAAAUCCUUGAGAACGCAAUGAAUGAAUUAACUGGGGAGCAGGGGCCUCCAGGCAACCACAAUUCCAACUUCUUAAAUUUAAGCCUUGCAGAAGAUGCCAUUGAGAUGGCACUAGAGCAACUGCAUCAAUCUUCGCCAGACGAAACUGUGGUUACCUCAACAUCAAAUAAGGCGCGACAAACAUCCAAAGAUCUUAUUACAAUCUUGGCCCAAUCGCCUCUUCAAACCAGUCCACUUAAGGCAAACAGUCCAUUAAAAUCCCCAGAAACGGAGGCACCAGAAAAAACCCCGUUGAAAAAGCGGAGAGUCAACAUGUCGGAGAAUGGUGACAAGUCUCUUACCCAGGAGGCUCCCGUAGAAGAAACAAGUGAGAGCCUUAGCUGCACAGACUCCGAUGCAUCCAAUGUAACCAAACGUUUUUCGAUGGGCCGCACAGAUUACCAGUUUGAGCAAAAUAAGGGCGAAAUCGUUUUACGUGUUAAGCGUCGAAGUCGCCGUCAGCACAGAGCGCCUAUUGAACAAAAAACGAUUCCAUCGGAUGGAAAGUCUGUUUAGAUUUAAACAAUUUAAUUUUAAGCAUAUUUAUGUCAUUGUUUGGACAAUUUAGUUUUAAACUUUUAUUUUAAAAACUGAAAAUUUUGUUCAUAAUUAUGAAAUCACCUCUGGAACAUUUAGGCAUCCGGGAGGCGUCACGGGUUAAAGGUUUCACACUGAAGAAGUUCACACGGUCAUUUGGUUUGGACGUCUGGACAAUAUAGUUUUAAAUUGAAAA